UAGAAAACUUCAAACAAACCCAAUAUUUUCUUCUGAAAAGCUCUCCAGAGACAGAUAUGGCUGUGGGAAUCCUAGAGGUUGAUGUGAUCAGUGGGAAAGGUCUCAAACGAUCUGAAUUUUUUGGUAAGAUAGAUCCUUAUGUUGAGAUCCAUUACAAAGGACAAACCCGCAAAAGCAGCGUUGAUAAAGAUGGAGGUAGAAAUCCGACAUGGAAUGAGAAACUGAAAUGGAGAGCAGAGUUUCCCGGCUCCGGCGGCGACUACAAACUCAUCGUCAAAGUCAUGGACCAUGAUACUUUCUCCGCCGACGAUCCCAUCGGCGAAGCUACAAUAUAUGUGAAAGAGUUAUUGGAAAUGGGAGUGGAGAAAGGAACCGCUGAGCUAAGGCCGACCAAGUACAACGUUGUUGACACUGAUCUCACUUUUGUCGGCGAGAUUCUCCUCGGAGUUACUUACUCUGUUCAACAAGACAGAGGAAUAGAUGGAGAAGAGUUUGGUGGAUGGAAGCAUAGCCAGUUUGAUUAAUUUCUACUUUAGAUUGCUCGUUUAUACUUUCCAGGUUUUACAUUUAGUGUGAACACAUUAAGCAUUUUUUUUUUAAUUUCAACAAAAAAAACUCUUAACAGAUAUUGUAUGUCAUUUGUGUGUUGUGGUGGAUCUCAUUGUAUUUAAUUUCAGUAUUCAAGAAAAUGUUAAACGCUGAGCAAAAGAUGAAUCUGCUGCCUGUUGCA